AUGUGGGCAUUAAUCCAAAACCACCGGAUAAAGAGGCUUGUGAACCUUAGAGAUAAGGAAGAACACGUCACUGCACCCUCGGGCCGCAGAAGCGAUCUCGAGCUCGCGUCACCAGGCGCUGCCGACUCCCCAGCCAACAAGCAGGCAAGCCGCGAGUUUGGUGUGUCCAAAGUUGCCGAAAACCUCUCAACAGCAAUGUAUCUCUUUGGAAUUGGUUCAGGAUCUCUGUUUGCAGGGCCGUUAUCAGAAUCGGUUGGGAGGACUCUGACCUAUCUGGUGUCGACCUUCAUUUAUCUCCUCUUCCUUCUUGGAUCCGCUCGUACGCCCACAUUCGGCGGCCAGGUUAUAUGUCGAUAUUUCGUUGGACUUUUCUCUAGCGCUACGCUAUCAAUAAACGGAUCUAGCGUCGGUGAUCAGUUCCGUCCGGUCAAACGCGCUUUUGUUUUCCCUAUUCUGGCCUGGGCUAAUAUUACCGGCCCAAUGAUUAGCCCGAUUGCCUCGGGGUGGAUUGCUUCUAAUCCAAACCUAGGCUGGCGAUGGACAGAAUAUACGACUCUCAUCAUAUCAGCUGUCGCAUGGGUCGUGGCACUUCUUUUUCUCUCUGAAACAUAUUUGCCGGUUUUACUGGACUGGAAAGCGAGACAAUUACGACGUGAUACUGGCGACAAACGAUACGUGUCUGACCACUCCACAGGCUCACUAUUCCAACGAGUGAAAAGCAUCCUCCCACUCCCUAUAAUAUUCUUCAGUACUGAGCCCGUGAUCUCCGUACUUGGUGCUUAUCUGACCCUACUAUAUUCCAUUAUGUUCACCUUUCUAUCUGGGUUCGAUUACAUCUUCCAGCAAUUGUACGAUUUGUCUACCGGACAAACGGGAUCAUGCUUUGGUGCUAUCGCUGUAGGCUCCACGAUAGCUACAUUUGCUGCACCCGCCCUCUAUGCAUGGACCCGCCGGAAAACUAAGUUCGAACAUGGUGCUACAGUACCCCCAGAAUUCCGUCUUUGGCCGGCAAUUAUUACCAGUCCCCUUUUGCCAAUAGCUUUAUUUUGGCUGGGGUGGACAAACUAUCAGACCAUCUCGAUAUGGUCUGGCCUUUUUGCGUGCGGAAUUUUCGGCAUCGUGCUGAUGUCCAUUUAUAUCAGCAGCUACGAGUACAUUAUUGACAGUUACGGGGAACAUGCAGCCAGUGCAUUAGCAAGCAUCACGAUGGUCCGCUACGUUGUAGCUGGUGGUAUGGUCAUGGCGUCCCGUCCCAUGUACGAAGGAAUCGGUGUGCAUUGGACAAUGACCAUCCUUGGUUGCCUAUCAGUGCUCUUGGCCCCUAUGCCUCUGGUUUUCAAGAGCUACGGUUCUCAGCUAAGGGAGAGAAGCCGGUACGCAGAUAGUCCAGUUGGCAUGCCAAACUAG